CAAGGCACUCAUGCUCCAAAUUGUGCACGCGUUCAGCAAUGCAUGUGGCUCUUCACACACACGCAUAGUAGAGACCGUGUACAAAUACCAGAGCUAGCAAAUGCAGUAAACGGCACGCCAGAUGUCUCUGAAAUUUGCAAAGAACCCAGGACCAAAAAUGACAGUUAGCUCCAUAAGCCCUAUAAAAGAAAAAAAAAGAAGAAGAAAAAGGAAAAAAAAACCCCAAAAACGCCAAAGAACAAAAGAACCUCCAGCAAAAGGAAGUGGCUAUGUUUUUUUUCUAUGCACUCAAGCCGGGGGUGGGGAAGAUUUAUAAAGGCAUUCUAUGCUGGGCAGGUUCAAGUAAGCCUGAGUUCCUCAAGGGUUGGCUUUAGGAGCUGUUAGGAAAAUUCAUUGCCAUGCAUGAGUCGGGGGAUUGUCUUUUAUUCCACUGGAAAUUGUUAGCGGGGACUGCAUUAGCGGCCCCUUAUCGCUCUGCCUGAUAGAGAGACAGCAGGUUCACCCAAGCAAUUCUGGAACCCUGAUCACUGCCAAUUAGGGGAACAUUGUCUGGCUGACAUAAUCAACUUCACGCAACACCAUGGAAGCCAUCGCCAAGUUUGAUUUCAUCGCCUCAGGAGAGGAUGAACUGAGCUUUCAGGCUGGAGAUGUUCUCAAGAUCUUAAGUAACCAAGAGGAGUGGUUCAAGGCGGAGCUUGGGAGCCAAGAAGGAUAUGUGCCCAAGAAUUUUAUAGACAUCGAGUUUCCUGAAUGGUUUCACGAAGGCCUCUCUCGACACCAGGCAGAGAGCUUGCUGAUGGGCAAAGAUGUUGGUUGCUUCAUCAUCCGGGCCAGCCAGAGCUCCCCCGGGGACUUCUCCAUAUCUGUCAGGCAUGAGGAUGACGUCCAGCACUUCAAAGUCAUGAGAGACAACAAGGGUAAUUACUUCCUGUGGACGGAGAAGUUUCCAUCCCUCAAUAAGCUGGUGGACUACUACAGGACGACGUCCAUCUCCAAACAGAAGCAGAUCUUUCUGAGGGACAGGACCCGGGAGGAUCAGGGUCAACGGGGCAACAGCCUGGACCGGAGGUCCCAGGGAGGCCUAGCCCUGAGUGGGGCUGUGGGAGAAGAAAUCCGGCCUGCGAUGAACCGGAAGCUGUCGGAUCACCCCCCACCCCCGCCCUCGCAGUAUCCCCCAGCACCACUGCCACCCCAGCAGCGGUACCUGCAGCAGCACCUGCAGCAGCAUCAUUUUCAUCAGGAUCGCCGUGGAGGCAGCCUGGACAUAAAUGACGGGCACUGUGGCCUGGGCAUGGGCAGCGAAAUGAACGCCGCCCUCAUGCACCGGAGACACACAGACCCAGUGCAGCUCCAAGUGGCCGGGCGAGUGCGGUGGGCCCGGGCACUGUACGACUUUGAGGCCCUCGAGGAUGACGAGCUGGGAUUCCAGUGCGGAGAGGUGGUUGAGGUCCUGGACAGCUCCAACCCGUCCUGGUGGACCGGCCGCCUGCACAACAAGCUGGGCCUCUUCCCUGCCAACUACGUGGCGCCUAUGACCCGGUGAAGCCCUUUGGAGGGUUGGAGGCUUUUGAAUGAAGCUGCCUGCAAGAGACGGGGCAAGGAAGAAAAACUGGAACUACGCAUCCAUCCACAUGUGUGUGUGUGUGUAUACGCACCUGUAUAUAUGCCUACGUCUACGUUCAUAAUAGUAAUUUAUUGGCAAUUUAGUAGGUUACUUAGUUGACACGAAAGGAACUUGGAUGAAUUAUAUUCAGACUUAUGUUUCUACUUCCUCAGCGGGUGUGCAGAGGCGCGGGGGCGCCGCGAGGCAGGGAGCAGGGAAACGAAACUGACGUUCUUCCUGUCCUGAAAUGGCACCGCUUGCCCCUCGCCCUGGGAAUUUUCAGAGAGGAGCUGAGCAGGGUCCACACCUGGCAUUGGAUGCAGAACAACAGGGUGGACUUGGACUUCAUGGGACAAGUUCUAGCUUUACCUGCGAGUCCUGCUCCCCCUGAGGGUGGGCAGGGAUGGUCUCUCCUGCCCACCCCCACCCCCGACCACUCCACCCCGGGGUGGGCACUGCUGACCUAAAAGUGAAAGCGCACCUCUGCCCAUCUAAGCGGUGAGCGGGAAGGGGUGCAAGCCUGGCCCCCCCAGCCAGUGCUCAGCUAAGACCUGCAUCUCCCACAAGUGAAUGUUCCUCAGCUAAUCCUGGAGGACUGGAGGCAGCGGAGGAUCCAGGUGCUGGGAAAUGGAGGGGUUUCCCCCAGGGGGCUUACUUGAGUGGAAGCUGUUUUCCCAGCAGCCAAGACAGCAGCUUCCUAGACUCUGUAAAGCGCUUGGAGAAGCCUUGGCCAAGGAUGGUGGAUUAAAGCCACUGUGUUAUAGUUA